GCUAAUGAAACAGCUACUACGGUGGCCGAGAAGUAUCAACUGAACACGUGAUUGAGAGAACCGCAUGUGUGAAGCACAGCUUGUCUACAGAGGCAGGUUGAUGCUGUUUUCAGUAGGUUUUAAAGCAUUAUUUCCACUGAACUUUUAAGUGAACUUUUUACGAAACGAUCAUGGAACAGGAUGUUGCACGAAUCAUAGCGGAAUUAACUGCAAAAGAAAAAGAAGUCGCGGAUUUGAAGGCAAAGCUUGAAAAGCUUCAGAAGGAUUCACACACCACAGCCUCUUUGCAUCCCAUGGAGGAUAUUUCAUCAGCACUAGAUCAUCUUCGUAAAAAGGCUUCACUUAACAAUGACGAGAUUAUGAGAUAUAGUAGACAGCUUCUUCUCCCAGAGUUUGGAGUCAAAGGCCAGGUAAAUCUGUUGAAGACAUCUGUCCUUAUUGUUGGUUGUGGGGGUCUAGGUUGCCCAGUGGCACAAUACCUUGCUUCUGCAGGCAUUGGCCGUUUGGGACUCCUUGACUAUGACACAGUGGAACUCAGUAACCUGCAUCGACAGGUCCUACAUGGGGAAAAUAGGAUAGGCUGGCCAAAGGCAUUUUCUGCUGCAGAAUCACUCAAAAGGCUGAACUCAACAGUAGAAUGUAUACCAUAUCAUAUGCAACUUACACCUGAAAAUGCCCUGCAGCUUAUUCAGCAGUAUGACAUUGUGGCUGACUGCUCAGAUAAUGUUCCAACCCGAUACCUUGUAAAUGAUGCUUGUGUCCUUUCUGGUAAACCGUUGGUUUCUGCCAGUGCUCUGAGGUUAGAGGGCCAGCUUACUGUAUACAACUACAAAGGGGGUCCAUGUUAUAGAUGUCUAUAUGCAAAACCACCUCCACCAGAAACUGUCACCAGUUGCUCAGAUGGAGGAGUUCUUGGUGUUGUUCCAGGAAUUAUGGGAUGCUUUCAAGCCCUGGAAAUCCUCAAGAUUGCUUCAGGAAAAGAUUCCUCAUAUCACCAACAGAUGCUACUGUUUGAUGCUCUAGAAGGCCGAUUCCGCACAAUCAGACUGAGACCAAAGCAAAAUGGAUGUGUAGUAUGCGGAGAAGAACCAACAGUCAAAAGUCUUGUCAAUUAUGAACAAUUCUGUGGAUCAACAGCUACUGACAAGUGCAGAAGAUUGUGUUUGCUGACAAGUGAUAAAAGAAUAACCAUCCAGGAGUAUAAACAGAUUCUAGAUGACAAGAUCCCACACUUACUCCUUGAUGUUCGUCCAUUAGUAGAGUUUAACAUCUGCUGUCUGUCAUCUUCUAUAAAUAUUCCUCUUUCAAAUCUGGAGCAAUGUAAACCUGAGGAUAUUGCUCUGUUGAAAGAAAAAAUGAGAGAAUAUAAAAGAAACCUACAGUCUCCUGUGCAAGUGUAUGUUGUUUGCAAGAAUGGAAAUGAUUCACAGAAGGCAGUAUGCGCUUUACAGAAAAUGUCCGGCUCUGAACUAGAUUCCUUAGAGGCCAAAGAUAUCCAAGGAGGACUAAUGGCUUGGGCGGAGAAGAUUGAUACAAAGUUUCCACAAUAUUAACUAUUAAUUGUUGGACUGAAAAAAAUAUAUAUUUAUAUAAAAGUAUACAUAUGUGUGUCUAGCUGGUAUGAAUUUUUUAUGAGUCAUUUGUAAUUUUAAACAUUUUAUGUUGAUAAUAAGAUUCACUUUUUUGCCAUUAUGCUUGUUUUUAAAUCAACUUCACUGACACAAAAAAUGUUCCUUAGCAACUGUCAAUAUUUGCACACUCUUAUCUCCAGCUGGACUUAUUAUGUAUUGAUUAGAGAGGUUUUUACUGGUAUUGUUUAAAAUUUGAUCUACUAGACUAUUUUUUUGCACUGACGUCAAACACAAAGUUCACAUUAAAAAGAAAAUUUAUUAUUUGCAAUCAUGUAAGGUGAAUUAUACUUCAGUACAGCUCUUAGUGUAUCAUAUUUAGCAGGCUCUUACAUUAUUUUUAAUAUAGCCUUAUUUUAUACUGAUAUUUUGGUUUCCUCUUUUUCCAAAGAUUUUUUGCCUCUAUUUUCUGAAAUGAGCUCAUGUUCACUUCAUAAAAGAACUGAAAUAUUUAGAUUAUGAACUUUCUGCAAAACCCUCUAGUCUAAAAUAAACAUUUGUGCAGAAGAAAUUGUUCAGAAGAUAUAAUUGUUUAAUUCAGAUAUUAGAUUAAUCAAUAAAAGUCUUUCACUGAGCUGGUGUAUCAAUUAUAUUAAGUAAAUGAGUGGAGUCCAUUGCCCAUAGGUUUGGCAUUUUUAUAGAAUUCUGUACACCUCAACAGUCAAGAUCAUUUUUUAAGUAGUUAUCAAUGUGUACAAUUUGUUUAUAUAGCAGGUUGUCUCACCCACAAAGCAUCACAUGCAGGCCAGAAGAAACAUUGUUUGACUCGAGAAACAAGACCUUAUGAAGGUGUACUCCUUUCAGUCUUCAAAAAGCUAAACAAAUAGUCAUAAUACCACCCUGUUUGUAACGUAUCACUCUGAAACUUGUGGCAGGAUCCUUGUGGAUUUACCAUCCAAGGACAGGCAGGGCCUACUCAGGCCCCUGCUAAAUUUAAGAGAAAACUACCAGAUAACCUAAAAUGCAUGUCUUUAGGGACACAGGGGGAAUAUGCAGACUAAACAUAGACUUAACUCCUCGGAUUUAGGCCCAGGAUGCUACAUCCAUAAGUCAGCAGCACUAACCCCUGUAUCAUCCAUAUAUUUUUCAUUCUUGAAAAAUAAAAAAAAAAUACUAAGACUAGUUGAAGUAAAAAAAAAAGCAAUUAUAAGAACAAUUAUAAUAAAAAGCCAACAUCAUCAAAAGUGAAAAAUAUUCCCAUGUACUGUAUACAAGACUUGUUCAUGUCAAAUGAAAGCUGAGCUAUUUUGUGACUGCUUGGAAAUUGAAUGGAGAAGUACACUGCAGUAAAACAACAGAACAGCAUUGUUUAUAUCAUACUCUGCACAGAUGAAUACAGUAAGUGAAAUAAUAGUCAUCAACUAAUAUAAAAUUUACUCAGAGUGCAAAUAAGGAGUAUAUGGUACAUGCAUAAAACUAAAACAUUUGCCAUUACAGUAAGCAAGAUACAACCCGUAGGCCCUCAACUGUAUAUAUACUCUGCAAGCAUCAGUUACAUGUUAAUCUCUUUUUCCGUGUUGACAUCCCUUGGUGAUGUCCUGCACUCGCGUCACAUGAAUCAGACUUAAUGACAAGUAUGGACCCCAAUGCCUCUUACGAUAAGUUGUCGUGACCAUUAAAAGUCCUUCUCCAAACCUAAAAAGUGCAUGUGAUUAAGAUUGCCACAAUUUCUCAGAUAUCUGUGCAAAGUCCAAAUGUUGGUCUGUACUUCCAAGCCUGGGCUCAUUGAUUCCUCUUCAUCUGAGGUUUUACUGUUGGCUGGUCUUUUUUUAUUCUCGCACCCCAAUUUUAAGUCGUCUUUGGUAGCUAAGGAAUGUAAUCCCUUUCAAUCCAAAACAAUUUGUUGUUACCAUUUAUUAAAAAUGGUGACCACUAUUCCUAUCUGCAGGUUUUGCAGAGGUGUGCCCAUCUAUCUUGGAGUAAUAGAGAGGUCCCUGAACAAGGUGCCGCUUUUAACAUUAAUUCCUUUCCUAAUUUACGGAAGUGUAUGAUCCACUCUUGCAGAUUUACCACUAAAAGGUUUUUUCAUGCACCACAUUGAUCUUAGCCACAUAAGUAAAUGCAGUCUCUUUUCUGAACUGGAUUUAAUAUCUAAAAUGUUCUUUUUCAGGACUAUGUUUCUCCACAAUGCUGGAUGGUAUUGUUAAAAGUUUGACAGAAUCUCACCCAAAAGUCAUUCUUCUUGCACUCACCAAAUCCUCCCAUUCGUGAACCUUUACCUCAGUCAACCUUAUUAGCUUACUAGUAUUUGUUAGUCAAAUUUAGAGAGCCUCCUGUCAACUUGGUGUUGAAAGCCACUCAAACUUGGAGGCCUUUCUCACCUUUGUUGCCCCUCUAGCAAGUCCUAGUGUUGCCAUAAUGACUGCCUUUUAGCAUUAGCUCCUCAUAGCUGAUAUCAUUACAGAGGUCUUCAGCUGGAACCACUCAGAAUCUGUGUGUGUCCCUCAUCCCCCAAAGAUGUCACAGAAACUGUUCCAGUCAGUGAGGGUUUAACUUACAUCACACUGAAACAUGAGCAUUGGACACUUAGGCUUCUAAAACAGCUCACUGCAAAGUGCUAAUGAGAUGACUACUCAGCAUCUCACGUUAUUCAUAUGUGCAGAACUUAUGGUUCCAGUUCAAAUGAGAUGACUACAAACUCAUGAUUGACAUUUAGCCCAACAUACAUUGUUAUCAGGAAUAAGUAUGAGCAGUUUUACAUUUGAAAAUUAUGUUUGACAUUGAUAAUAAAAUCUAAGAACAUUUCACCACUCCAGCUGAGAUCAGGCAGACCACUCGUGUUACUUCACCAUGCUAAUGUUGAAGCCUCCCAGUUGUACUACAACAUUAGUAGGCAAUGAAACUGAAUAUUGUAAUGGCUAUCUUAAUAAAAGGCACUGUGCUCUUGAGUUAUUGCUUGUCACAAAUGGCAGUCAAAGUUUUUCUUGGUGCAACUCAAAGUCACUUUCACUUGACCCACUUGUCCCCAACAGUACAGUCGUCACCUAUACAAUACCUGGCUUUGAGUUUGUGGAUAUCUGUACACCUGUCAGGAAGCUCUGCUUUGGGAUAUCUCCAGAGGAGGAAGGAGAACAUUUCUGAACAAGAUGCUUAGUUUCACGGAUUAUGCCGUGGCUAGAAUAAAGUCUUUCUUGCCAGUAUUAUAUUAUGACCACCUUAUCACAGGGGAAGUAAUAUUUCUUGUUCCAAGACUAUUAUUGUCAACAUCUAGUGUGUUUGUAUGUGUCCUAUGUAUUCCUGUGACCCAUCUUCAUCUUGCAGUUUGUGAGCCUAUUUGGCAACAUGGAUACCCUGGCCACUAAAUUCUCAAAAGAGAGCACUGUCUUCAGGCUUUGUUACCUGUUCCUGUCGACUCACUUGUAAUAUUUAUAUUGGUUUAAGGUGAACUGAUUUAUAACAUAUGUUGAUAAAUAUUUUGAUAAAUA